CCCUUUAAUCCUGCAGAGGAACUCCAUGAGGUGGGAUGGAAAGAUCUAUGAAGAGAUUCCAAUAGCUCACAUCAAAGCUACGUACAACAAUACCCACAUCCAGGUAGUCAGCUUUGACAACAGACCAUUUGCCCGUACAUCCUGUGGCACAGAAGGCUUCCAGAAUGCCAAGAAGGGAACUGCCAUUGCGGCACAGACCGCAGCCAUGGCAGCAGCAGUGAAAGCACGUGGGAAGGGUGUAUUACAUGUACGAGUCAUGGUGAAAGGACUGGGACCAGGACGCAAAGCUGCCAUCAAGGGUUUGACUAUGGGAGGUUUGGAGGUCAUCUCCAUCACUGACAACACCCCAGUUCCACACAAUGGCUGCCGCCCACGGAAAGCUAGGCGAAUGUGAGAGGAGAGUGGAAGAGACACACAGCAUUCAACAUGAGUUCAUGCAUCAAGGACUGGGUUGAAUGUUGCUCCUGUGACAAAUUUUGGAAAGCCGCACUCCCUGGAAAUGCUUUGAGGGAAGUUUGAAGAAGAGAAACCAUCCUGGGCCUUAAAAGCCCAGGUGGUAGAAGGUGGUGGUAAAAGCAGGAGUACGUGUACUCCCUUAGUGAGGAGCCUCCUGUGUACAAAGUUUGUUGAUUAAAAUGUUGAUCUUUUGACAGCUCU